UAAAUGACUUGAAGGAGGACAGGUAGAACUGUUUCCAGAACAGAUCAUAUUCUUAAAUAGGUUUUAUAUUUUCCGGUCGUGUACACGGAACUGAAUUCAACGGUGUCGCGUCUUAAAUUUAAGAUACAUUCUCCGUUGUUGAAAGGAUUGAAUAAUGUCCGAGGGCAGUUCGUUUAUGAAAGGGAUGAUCCUAGGGGGCAUAUUUUGCCUAGUGAUGUCUCUGUUUGGAACUUUUAGUCCAGGACUCCACUCAGAGGGUGAUGAACAUCUCCACCAUCAUCUGAAACCUGUCAGCAAAGAUGAACUACAAAAACUAUCUGAGGCUCAGAUGUCUGACCUCACCCAGCAGGUUCGAGUGUACUGUCUCAUCAUGGUCACCCCCAAGCUCCUGGUUUAUUGGGCGACAGCCAACGACACAUGGAGCAAACACUGUGACAAAUCCGUGUUCUACACCUCAGAGUCUUCCAAAGCUCUAGAGGCAGUGGACCUAAAGGAGCAGGAUGAGUGGGUAAGGCUACGCAAAGCCAUCAAACACGCCUAUGAGAAUGCUGGAGACUUGCGCUGGUUCUUUGUGGCACGGCCCACCACUUUUGUAAUUAUUGAGAACCUCAAGUAUUUGGUACUGGAGAAAGACCCAAGCCAGCCGUUUUACAUUGGCCACACUGAAAAGUCUGGAGAGCUGGAUUACGUGGAAUAUGACGGCGGGAUCGUGUUUAGUUAUGAGGCAGUAAGGAGGCUUGUGGAGAUAUUCAAAGAUGAGGACAAAUGCCCAGAAAGAGGCAGUGCCUUGUGGAAGAUGCCUGAGGAGAAGCAGCUUGCCACCUGCCUAAAGUACAGUGGGGUGUUCGCUGAAAACGGAGAGGAUGCACAAGGCAAAGGACUUUUUAACAAGAAAAGCAUUAGCACGUUGAUUUCUGACAGCAUGAGCCAAAACCCAGCUGAUGUUGUGGAAGCCUGCUGUUCAGACAUGGCUAUCACAUUUGGUGGCAUGUCUGCAAGCCAGAUGCAGGUCAUGAUGUAUGGCGUCUACAGACUUCGGCCAUAUGGACAUGACUUCCAUGAUUCUUUAACAUUUUUGCCUCCUAAAGACUCAAAUAAUGACUGAUUCACUAUUCUACACUGAUCAAUUCAAAGAAUGUUGGUCAUGAUGGGUGUUUUUAAACUGGGUGCAGGGCUAAAUUAGCUUUGAUGUGAAUUAUGUACUUUAUCUGCGAUUAUGUGCUUUGAAGGUUGGUGUUGGUAUGCAAGUUGUAGGAUUUUUACUCUUCUUUCUUCUAAACCUGUGUUCUGAUUAAAUCAAAACCUUGUCACUAUUACCUAAUGAAUAAUAGUUUGCAUCCAGGUGUUAAGGGCUUUAAAUUGGCAUAACUUAAACAUGGGGCCCAAUAUGGGAUACUUUUGUGCAAACAGUAGCAUUUUAAAUGAAAUUAGUCUCUGAUUCAUUAAAGCCACAAUGGAUCAGAUAUGCACUGUGAUGCAAAACGAAAGUUUCUGCUGCAGUAUGAGCUGGGUGCACUUGCGAAACUUGCAUGUAGCAUUAGAUACACACAUUUUCAAUUGAGUACUGUAUAAAAUGUAAUUCUUUUUGACGAGAGCCAAUUGAUUCAGCUGUUUAUUUAUUAAAAAUAUAUAUUUUGAUGAGGGAUUAGCUGGGAGGUAAGUUAAUUGAUCUAAAGGCUUUCAGAGCAUCUGGUAUGAUCCUUUUGAUGAACUUUUAAAUAAAGUAUUUUUGGAUGUUGUUUGUCAAGCAGCAAAAAAAGCUUUCUCCAUUGUUUUAAUUACAGAACAUGCUAAAUAAAUUGUAUGUACUUCAUAAGAAAUCAUAUGUAUGUGGUUUAAAUGUAUAAUCCAAAUACACUUAAAUUAAUUUAACAUAGAAAUUUGUCUAUUUAUUUACAUAUCAAAAUACUGUUUAUAUAAUUUAGAGCUACUACUACAUCAUACACUGGUUUGUGACCUUUUUUAUUCCAUAUACUGUAUUUCUUUUUAUAGUAAACAUCAGUGUUCACAAGGAUUCAGAGGUUUAAGGUGUUCACUCCAACCUGGUUUUAAAACAGUACAAAUAAAAAGGUACUGCAAAAGUACAUGCACCUUGAAAUUUAAAUGUUCAUGUGGAUAUUUUAGCAUCGUUAAAACACUAUUGAUAGGCACUAAAUAAAUUAACAAAUAACACAGACAAUUAUAUUUUGUAGUGAAUUAUAAAACUGAAAAAGUAAAUAAAAUAAAAAAGUGGUAUUCUUUGCAAAAACAACUUGUAGCUUUAAUUACUGGUGUUGUGCCCUUGCAGAAAUCACUUCAUGGAUGGAUUUCAUGUACUUGAUAAAACUACAUGGAUAAUUCUUUGCUGUCUUUACGCUGUUUGACAAUUCUUACAUAAAUUGUGAAUAAUUUACACUGAAAUUUGUUCUGUUCUUGUUUUAUGAAUGAGGCUCAUUGUGUACAGCUAUUUGUUUUUAAAAGCAGAGCUAUGUUCCAUCCUAACCUUGCAUGUAGGUCAAGCCGUGCACUCUAACUUGGAUGAAUUUUAUUGGAAGACCUGUCUUAAAUAGUUUGCUAGAGAUCUGAUAUUUUCUCUAUACAUAUAAUGGUUUUGAAAGCAUUGCUAGACUCAUAGGCUUCAUAGGUAUAGGCAAAUAUCCAUUUGAUGGCAUGUAUUUAAUAGUUUCAAUGACAUUUUGACAAUAAACUUGAAACCUGAAUUUGUAUUAGUGAUAACUUUAGAGUUUCCAGGACUACAAUUCCAGCUUCUAAUCACUUUUUUAAAAUGAACCAUAAAAGUUUCAUUAAUGAAAUACAUUUAUUAUGAAAAAUCUAAUCAUCUGUAUAAAGUGAGAAAUUGAGGGGAAGCUCUUUUUUUUUUUUUUAAAGAUGAGACGGAUCAAAGGAUAAUAGUAUCAUUUUGGGA